AUGGUAAUGAACGACCUGAAACAGGUUUUACACAAUGGAAUUGGAUUGACACCACUUAUGGUCAAGUUGGCUCUCUUAGUUGAUGGCACGAGUAAAGCAAUAAACAUAGUUAUUGCGAUCAUUCAACACCAUUUUCCUCCAAAAGCACUUCCAAUGUUAAUGGAAGUUUCUGUUCUGCCGCCGGAGUGGUAUAUUUCGGUAUCAAUGGGCAUCGUUGUGUCAUUGGUGUGGUUCUAUUAUACAAUUGCUCUUCACAUUCCUCUUGCUUCGUUAUUCAUCACACACAAAAACAAGUAUUACUUCACGCUCUCAUUCCUUUCCGCACUUCUUUUUUCCGUCCUUCUCUUUGUGUGUCCUCUUUAUAAACUGUUCCCUCCUAAUUACAUGCUUAAUGGUAUUCCCCUCACUAUGUUUAUUGUGCACUAUUUAUCACUCUUCGCUUAUGGAGGACACUGUUUCGCCUUCUUAGCUAUUGUAUGGAAAACUCCACAACUUCAGAAGCUCGAUAACCUUCAAUUCAGAUGCAAAUACCUUCUCCUUUUAAUGACAUUUCUCCUUGCAAUGACUGCUUUUGUCUUGUACUAUCAAGGUUCCUUAUCUUGUGGUAUAGUAGAUUGUAUUAGUUAUGUUUGUUUGUGUGCAGUGAUUCUAAUGCACAAUUCAGACUAUUCAAAGAUGAUUAAAGCAAAAGAUGAAAUUGAUGCAAUCGAUGGAUUUUCAAAUCAUAUGCGACAAAUUGUCACUUCCAACUCCACAUAA